UUGCUUUUUUUCUGUGGUACGUUGACUGACGCUGUGGCUGCUUGUCUUGCCUUGUCAUUCCGACUUUCUUAUUCUUACAAAAAUCAUAGUCAUUCUCAUUCAUUCAUUCGGUGAAUUGCCUGUUUUUGUCAUAUAUUUUACCAAUUUAAUUGUGAUAAAAAUAUAAAUAAACUUAUUUAACACUUUAAAAGUUAUUGACGCAGAUAUAUUUUGUGCAUCAAUAUGUCGGCGACAGCGCUUUUCGGUAAUACAUCUGGGUUAGGCGGCAGCUCAGGAGGCAAUAAGCACCUGGUUGAAUUUCGUGCUGGAAGGAUGACACUGAAGGGCCGCAUGGUACAUCCUGAUAAGAGGAAAGGUCUUUUGUACGUGUAUCAGGGAGAGGAUUCCUUGAUGCAUUUCUGUUGGAAAGACAGAACAACUGGCGAAGUCGAGGAUGACCUGCUAAUCUUUCCAGACGAUUGUGAAUUUGUUCGUGUUGGGGAAUGUACUACUGGCAGGGUUUAUGUUUUAAAGUUCAAGUCUUUUUCCAAAAAAUAUUUUUUUGGAUGCAGGUAUCCUAAAACCGACAAGGAUGAUGACUACUGCAGGCGCAUCAAUGAAGCCUUGAACAACCCACCUACAUCAGGAGGCCGUGGAGGAAGUAGUGGGGUGCAGGAUGGUGAACUGCAAAACAUUUUGAACAAUAUGUCCCAGCAGCAGCUGAUGCAACUUCUAGGUGGAGUAGGCCAGAUAGGAGGACUCUCAUCUCUACUUGGCACUAUGGGGAACAACAGCAGUAGCAACAGUGGCAACACAAGUGCCCGUCCAUCAGCAGGCAGUGGCAACAGUAGUCGCGGUGGCAGCGCGCCACGCACUACUGAGUCCGGUGCCACGCGCACUCCCUCGCGUGCCCGCGAUGUGCCUGCACCCACAGCUACUCCACCAAAUACAGCUACAGCAACUCAGCCCCGUGAUGGAGCGGGCGGACAGAUUUACCUGUCAGACCUGCAACGCUACUUCUCGGGACUAGGCAACGCUCCUCCGGAAAGCGAGGCUGGAGCUGGGGGCGCGGCGGCGCGUGUCGACGGCCAGCUCGGCAGCAACGCGCCGCGCCUGGCGCCGCACCUGCCGCCCGCGCCGUCCGGUGCCGCCCAGGACGAUGCUGCUAACCAAUUCUCGUCGGCAUUGACUUCUGGUCAAAUGGGUCCCGUAAUAUCACAAUUCGGUCUGCCUUCGGAAGUCGCAUCCGCUGCAAACACGGGUGAUAUGCAGGCUUUCUUUAAAGCUCUUGAAACAACAUCCAAUGCGUCUGAAAAUAAGCCCAAAGAAGGGAUGACAAGAAGAAGGAUGAUAAACCCAAAGAAGAUAAAGGUGACAAGAAAGACGAUGAUGCAGAAAUGUCACUUGAUUAACAUUUUAGUUAAGUUGUUUUAAAAAGCUUGGAAUAUGCCA